AUGUUGUUCGCAUUCAUAGCACUUACUUUUUUCCAAGCAUGUAUCGCAGCUCAAGGCUCAGAGAGACCGUUACCAAAGGAGUCGAAAGAUACUUUUGAGACUUUGAACAUGCUGUACAGCGACAACCUGGCAUGGAGCGAUGAGUGGGCGAAAAAGGCACUCCAAUGGUUGAAGAAACCAGAACUUGUGCAGGCAGAUAUGAUUAUCAAUGGAACCAAGUCCUUCCCAAAGGAUGAUGCAAAGUUAUUGUGGCAGAAAUUGCUAGAAAUCUUCGAAUCCCGUUUUGAAGAAAGCGUAGAUGCAAUUGAACAACUCCCUGCUGGCACGAUCUACGGAUGCAACGGUAUCACCACAGAGCUGGGCAAAGAGGAUGUUAUUUCUACUGUCUGUCUAUACAAGAGGCCCUGA